AUGAGCUGCGGGCUGGGCUGGCUGGAUAGGAGGUGCUGCUGGCCUCCUGGGUGCCCGGAUGGCCUUGGCCCCUAACCAUCUGGCCCGCACCUUCAGACACUCAACGCGCGUAGUCAGUGUUCCGGGAACUGCCCUGGAGAUCAGCCUCAGGGUGAGCGGUGCCCUCUUCUCCAGGCCACGAACCCUUGGAUCCCUGCGCCAAAGCCCCAGUCAGUUGGAGGCCGCCAGGUGGGGUCGGGCCGGAGGGGGUGCAACCACGUCUCAAAAGGAACUGACAGAAGUCAUUGAUCUCUCUAGGUUUAAAAAAUUAAAAUACUUAUGGCUACAUCACAAUAAGCUCCAUGGAAUAACAUUUCUAACUAGAAACUAUUGUCUGACAGAACUAUAUCUAAACAACAAUGCCAUAUUCGAGAUAGAAGGCCUGCACUUUCUACCUUCAUUGCAUAUCCUCCUGCUACACCACAAUGAGCUAACGGACAUUGAAGCAACAGUGAAGGAAUUAAAGGGAAUGCUCAAUCUGAAGAGCCUAAGUCUCUACCAAAACCCUUUGUGCCAAUAUAACCUGUACCGUUUAUAUAUAAUCUACCACCUUCCGGGAGUAGAGUUGCUUGAUCGAAAUCAAGUUACAGAGAAGGAAAGAAGAUCAAUGAUCACCAUUUUUAAUCACAAAAAGGCUCAUAUUGUUCAAUCAAUAGCAUUCAGAGGAAAAGUAGAUGCCUCCUGGAAUCCUAGAUCACCAUUUAAGCAAAAACCAGCUCAGAGAAUACCUCCAGAUUUUUCAUUUGCGAAUAAUGUAGAUAAAACUGUGUUUGAUGACCCAGAAGAUGCUGUAUUUGUAAGGUCCAUGAAGAGAUCAGCUAUGGCUAUUACCUCCCUCAACUGGGACACAGUUCCAACACGAGAGGAAAAAUACCUUGAUGAGAAAGGCACAGAAUCUGCUCAAAUGGCCACCAUUACACUGAGAUAAACCCUGGUAUCUGUAGAAAGCCUAGUGGUUUCUAGUUCUUCAUUAAACUUCUCUGUGAUUAAGUA